AUGGAGAAGGUGAUGAGUAAAAAAGAUGUGAUUGUAUGCAGAGGAAUAUGGUAUGCAAUGACUCUACUCUCGAUCUUCGGCCUCUCCAUAUCACUCAAUAUUCUCUGGCCACCUGGAGGAAAGUCACCGUCAUGGUCUCGAUUUCUCAGGGACGGUGCGGUGAGUGUCACAACAUUCUACGUAGUGACGCUACUCAGAUAUCUCUUCUUCACCGAUCCUCCUUCUCCUUGCUGCAAAGUCUUUACUAAAAAGGAAGAGAGGUUACCUCAGGUUAUGUUCUCGGGGUUGGUCUUGCAUUUAGUCAUUAUGUCGCCCAUACAUUAUGCAGAUAUUAUGAAAGAGUUUACGGUGUAUGUGUCGCUGUUCACCAUAUCUUUGUUCACGGGUGGGAUAGGGCUUAUCCAGCUGUCGGAUAACCAUAGGAUGGAGACGAGACAUGCUUUGAUCACGCUCUUCCUCGGAUGGCUUUUUGGUCUUUGUGGCAUCUGUAUUGGUUGUUCAUUCGACCCAUAUACUCAGAGAUUGGCAUACGUACAUGGUAUAGGUUUUCAGUCGAUGAUUUGCAGUUUUUUGCUUUCACGUACUUUAUCCAAGGUGGGCUCGGAGACUUGCUCCGCCCCUCCUCUUCGGGUGUGA